AGUGUAUGAGAUGGGUCCACUGUGCCCUCUACUGUUUCCGGUGAACCGGUUCGAGCCGGAACUUAUAACACCGGCAAAGCCAACGCCUCUUGAAACCAAGCUGCUGUCGGAUAUAGACAACCAGGUUGGUAUUCGGUUUCAUUAUUCAGUCAUAAUGACUUACAAGAACAAUCCUUCAAUGAAAGGAAACGACGCCGUUAUGGUGAUCAAGGAAGCAUUGAGUAGGGCACUAGUGUUUUACUACCCUUUGGCUGGUAGGCUCAGGGAAGGGCCUAACAGAAAGCUUAUGGUGGACUGCAAUGGAGAAGGUGUAGAGGCUAAUGCUGACGUCACGCUUGAGCAACUUGGGGACACAAUAUUACCGCCUUGUCCUCCCUUGGUGUUGUUCCUGUUUAAUCCCCUUGGCUCUGAUGGUAUUCUUGAUUGCCCUUUGCUGUCCUGUUAUUUCAGGUAUUGGCUUUGUAUUACUUUUUUCAUUCUUGGACUUGUAGCUACUACUAGAUGACGAAUAGAAGGGCAGUAGCGUUCAUAGAAGGGCAGUAGCGUUCUUGGACAGUAGCGUUCUUGGACUUAUAUCUCACGACUGUC